AUGAUUAGACAUUUAUUGGAGAUGCCGACUUUCCAAUCGGAAUUAGAAACUGAUUUUGAUAAGUUGAUAAAAGUCAUGGAAUUGUCUGGCGCGGGGGAGAUUGGCGAGAUUGUUUGGAAUAAUCAUUUAAGGAUGAUCAAGGAUGGUGAAAAGAAUUUGUCAUAUGUUAAAGAUGGAAUAACCAGAUUAAUCAAGCUGUUGAAGAAGAAGAAGAAUGGCAAGAAGAACGGAGGUGUGACUGGGGAGAUGAGAUUGACGGUGAUUAUUUUGAGUAAUGGAGCUGCUGAAGUUGAGGAAGUGAAGGGAGACGUAAAACAGUUGAAGGGUGUGUUUAUUGAAAGAUGUGUACAAGGAAUAGAUGGGGCUGAUAGGGAAUGGUAUAUCAAUUCCAUUAUGAAAGUUCUCCAAAAUAAUGAUCAACAAACAGAAGAUGAUUAUUCUUCGAUUAUUAUCAAAAAAUUGAAAAAUCAAGACAGUGGAUUAUCGACAGACUUGGUAUUUCCGAUCUAUGCCAAUAUUAUCCCAAUUGAUGAUUUGAAGAAGGGGAUAUAUAUCAUUACAUUAUUCAUGACUAGCCACCAACUUUUACGGAAUAACCCGAAUGAUAUCGAUGCAGCCGCGGCGUUGAGUAGAUUGAUCACCAACUUGUGUGAGCCAGCUGAACGAGGCGGUAGUAAUAAGAAUAAUGAAGAAGGGGCAUUGACGACGAUGACGAAUAUACAUAAGAAAGGAUUACGUAAGCAUGUUGGUGUUUUGUUGAGUAAUUAUAUAUCCUUAGUCUUGACUCAUGGUUUUACGAAAUUGGUGAAUGAUGAAUUGUUGGUUGGGGUUUAUAGUAUUUUCGGAUUAUUGUCAUCGGUUGAAUUGAAGGUUGUUAGUCAAGGGUUGGAUAUGAGUGGAAGAACGUUGUUUAGAAGUAUUUAUAAUGAUUAUAAGGAUUAUGGAAAAUGGAAAGAUCAAUAA